CGUAGACCAUGUAUUAUAUCGAACACGCGGUGGUUCUGUCAAACUAAACAUCAGAACAUAUUUGAGAAUGCAAUCGUGCGUGACAAAACCGUCUUGUAUGACGAAAUUACUCUUAUAUUCGGAUUGACAUUAACUAGACAGGUAACACUCUGCCAGUGAUCCCGCACGUGCGUGUAUUGUUAUACAGAGUAGGAAUAUAUUUGUGUUGCAUCCGACGAUAUACCAAGUGAAUGUGUAUGUUUGGUUAUACAAAUAAAGUUCAACAGUUAUUGCAUAGGACUGGUCCUUUAAAGUUUACGCAUUAUUAUAUUCUACCGACCAUAAUUAUGUGCGGAUUGUAUUUGGAGUAACUCUGCGCACCUUUCACCGUAUAACAACGUUGACGAUGAAAUUUUCUGGAUAACGACCAAUUGUGACUUCUACGUAAACCACGUCGACGACGGUUUUUAGAAAGUUUUCUGUUCAAGCUGUGGACAGGAAUACAUGUUCGUCAAAUAGUUAAUGUUGAGUUCACAAGUGACAAAGCUAUUUGGACACAAAUUACCGACUGGGCUCUGUCACAGCCGUAGGGUUUCAUCUGUAGCCUGUAUUGACACAUCUGUAGAUGUGCGGGGUUUCGUCUGAUUUACCGAUAACAACUUUCUGCGCAGAGAUUUAUUUUAUGACGCCUUUGUCUGGAUAAAAGGGAGGCAACCGAUACGCAAUGCACUGGAUUGCCGUAGUGGUGGUGUUUGCUCUCACGGUGGGCUAUCUGUUCAUCGGAGCGGCGGUGUUCCGGAAGUUGGAGUCGGACAAUGAGCAAGAAACCAAAACAUUGUCCUAUGCAACGAUGCGAGAAUUCAUGGGAAACAACACCUGCGUCAGCGCAGAGGAACUCGAAGAGCUGAUUCGGAAUAUGGUGUCUUUGUACAAACAGGGUAUCCUAGCAACUGGCAACCAAUCAAAAUCCUCGGCGGACCAAUGGGAUUGGUGGAGUUCGUUCUUCUUCAGCGCUACCGUCGUGACCACAAUAGGUUACGGACACAUCUCACCGUCGACGCAGGGCGGAAAAAUCUUCUGCAUCUUUUACGCCGUCGUCGGCAUACCGCUCGUCGGUAUUUUCUUCGCCGGCAUCGGGAAAAAAUUGAUCUUUCCGAUUAAACAGCUUCGGAAUAGAUCCGACAAGAAACUUGUCCAAACGGCCAUAUCCGUAUUGAUAGCUCUGUUCGGUAUAGGUCUGCUGAUUUUCUUGCCGGCCUGGGCAUUUCAUCAUUUCGAGGGAUGGAGUUUUCCGGACAGUAUUUACUAUGCAGUUAUAACGCUCACUACAAUCGGAUUCGGCGAUUUUGUACCAGGUCGAGAUGAGAGGAGUUACAGGGCCGGGUACCAGGUUCUGACCAUUGUCUGGAUUUUCAUUGGCCUAUCCUGGUUCGCCAUCGUCGUGACCGACAUCUCCGACAUCUUCAAGGCGAAGAUCGAGAAGCGGGGAACGAACGUACAACGCAGGAAAUCUCACAUGUCGUCGUCUUCAAAAGAAUUCGAUGCAAUACGACCGAAGGCGGACUCGAGGGUAUCAAGAGCCUAAGUGACAAAAAUUAAUGGGGUCAUAUCGACAGAGUAUACAAUAUACAGACAUACAUAUUUUUAUGUUCAGUGAUUUUAAGUUCGAUGCUGCUUUAAACAUCAUUGGUGGAAAUGUUAUAAAGGCAACAGCAACAAAACAGCAAAUAACGAACAUGUAUUGUUGCCGGCAGCUGGAUGUUGUAAAGGACAUAUGAUCGCAUCGUUCAACCCCUCUCUCGCCCUCAUAUCAUUACCGAUAUACCCGACGUGUCCGUUUCAUGAAGACGGUUAGUACUUUACCAAGUUGAAGUAAAAUGGAUAUGAAUAACAGACACUUGUGUUCUGUUUCGACGAAACGGUCUCAAAAGUGUCUCACAAAGCAUUUAAAGAAUAUAAGCAUUUCGAUUGUGUGUUUGAAGUUUAAAUAUGUACUUUAAAACAAAACGUAUUUUUUCGAAUGGUAGCGAAUUAUUGAAAACUUUUGUCACUUGAUUGCAUAUGCGUUAAUUGACCUAUAUAAUUUUUUUUUGGUACUUCCUUUUUCGUGCGCAGAUAGUUUUUUCCUUAGUAUAAUUUUAUAUAAUUAGAAAGUUCAGCUUAAAAUAUUUGCUGAACUUUGUAUGUUGAUCUUUAAGUAAACAUAAUUUACGUUAUUUUUGGUUCUUGCUCUGUGAGGAUUAAAUUAUCGAACACAGAUGGAAUGUUAAUAUAUGUUAUUGUAAUUAAACCUUUAUAUAUGUU